AUGUCUGGCGAAGCGUGGCUCUAUCUGUUGGCGGUCCUGAUCAACGCCGUCAACUUGUUCCUUCAGGUCUUUUUCACAAUUAUGUACAGCGAUUUGGAAUGUGACUACCUUAACCCCAUCGAACUCUGCAACCGUCUCAACACCUACAUUGUCCCCGAGGCCGCUGUUCACGCUUUCUUGACCUUUUUGUUUGUGAUCAAUGGCUACUGGCUUGCGAUUAUCUUGAACUUGCCCUUGCUCGCUUAUAACGGAAAGAAGAUUUUCGACAACCAGCACCUCUUAGACGCAACCGAGAUUUUCCGCAAGCUCAAUAUCCACAAGCGGGAAUCCUUCAUCAAACUCGGUUUCCAUCUCUUGAUGUUCUUCUUCUACCUCUACAGCAUGAUUGUUGCCUUGAUCCGUGAUGAAUCGCACUAA